CCGUCCGGCCGCCGCCGCCGCCGGCUUGGUUGAGGCGGACGGUGGGGUCCGAGCGCGAGUGAGGCGCCGCGCUGCGCGGAAGGGGAAGCGGGCAGUCAGAAAAUGGGUAAGAAGAGUCGAGUGAAAACUCAGAAAUCAGGCACUGGUGCGACAGCAGCUGCGUCCCCCAAGGAGAUCCUGAACCUGACCAGCGAGCUGCUGCAGAAGUGCAGCAGCCCUGCGCCUGGCCCUGGGAAAGAAUGGGAAGAAUACGUGCAGAUCCGGUCUCUCGUUGAGAAAAUACGGAAAAAGCAGAAAGGUCUGUCUGUUACUUUUGAUGGGAAAAGAGAAGAUUACUUCCCUGAACUAAUGAAGUGGGCCUCUGAAAAUGGAGCGUCUGUGGAGGGCUUUGAAAUGGUUAACUUUAAAGAAGAGGGCUUCGGCUUGAGAGCAACAAGAGAUAUCAAGGCGGAAGAAUUAUUUUUAUGGGUUCCACGAAAAUUACUAAUGACUGUUGAAUCUGCUAAAAACUCAGUACUGGGGCCUCUGUAUUCUCAAGACCGAAUUCUUCAAGCCAUGGGGAACAUCGCCCUGGCCUUCCACCUGCUGUGUGAGCGAGCCAGUCCCAACUCCUUCUGGCAGCCAUACAUCCAGACGCUCCCCAGUGAGUAUGACACGCCCCUCUACUUUGAGGAAGAAGAGGUUCGCUACCUGCAGUCGACACAGGCUAUCCACGAUGUCUUCAGUCAGUAUAAAAACACCGCCCGGCAGUACGCCUACUUCUACAGGGUUAUCCAGACCCAUCCUCAUGCCAACAAGCUGCCGCUGAAGGACUCCUUCACCUACGAGGACUACAGGUGGGCAGUCUCUUCUGUUAUGACGCGACAAAACCAGAUCCCCACGGAGGACGGCUCCCGCGUAACCCUGGCUCUGAUUCCUCUCUGGGACAUGUGCAAUCACACCAAUGGCCUGAUCACCACAGGCUACAACCUGGAGGACGACCGCUGUGAGUGCGUGGCUCUGCGGGACUUCCACGCCGGGGAGCAGAUUUACAUUUUUUAUGGCACGCGGUCAAAUGCAGAGUUUGUGAUCCACAGUGGUUUUUUCUUUGACAAUAAUUCACACGACAGAGUGAAAAUAAAGCUUGGAGUGAGUAAAAGCGACAGGCUGUAUGCCAUGAAGGCCGAGGUCCUGGCCCGCGCCGGCAUCCCCACGUCCAGUGUUUUCGCAUUGCAUUUUACGGAACCUCCCAUCUCUGCCCAGCUCCUGGCUUUUCUCCGAGUAUUCUGCAUGACUGAAGAGGAGCUGAGGGAGCACCUGCUGGGCGACGGUGCCAUCGACAGGAUCUUCACCCUGGGCAACUCCCAGUUCCCCGUCAGCUGGGACAACGAGGUCAAACUGUGGACGUUUCUCGAAGACAGAGCCUCCCUUCUUUUAAAAACGUAUAAAACCACCAUUGAGGAAGAUAAGGCCGUCCUGCGGAGCCCCGCUCUCUCGACCCGGGCGGCCAUGGCCGUGAAGCUGCGCCUGGGUGAGAAGGAGAUCCUGGAGAAGGCGGUGCGGAGCGCGGCUGCGAGCCGGGAGCACUGCCGCCGGCAGAUGCAGGAGGGGGCGCCGCUGCCCAGGUGCGAGGAGGGCAACCUGGGGCUGCUGGAGAGCAGUGCGGGGGACGCCCGGCUGCCCCUGGUCUUGAGAGACCUCGAGGACGAAGCUGGGGUGCGGGAGGCCUUGAGCCUCAAGGAGGCCGCCAGCAAAGCCACGGCUGCCGAGAACGGGCUCGUGAACGGCGCGAACCCCAUCCCCAACGGGCCCAGGCCCGCGAGUGAGAGCCUGAACCCGGAGGAAAUCAGAAGAGCCACGGAGGGCGCCAGGGAGUCUGCCGCCAGCAGCCAGGACGUGAAGGCGAAGCCAUGAGGGCGGUGCGGCGCACAGGCACGGGAGCAGUGCCGCCACGGACGGCCGUUCCCCUCGCUGGUUCCUGGUCACCGUGUUUCUUUCUGCAGAGAGGAAGAUGUGUUUUUGCUGCUUUAUAUAAAAAUGAUUUUUUAAGUUAUUUUAAAGAGUACUAGCUUCCCGUUUUGAUCGAGGUUGCCAUCUUGCUUCUGGUGGAGCAGCGCGGCUGGCACGGGCCCCGGCGGGGAGCUGCCCUUGGCAGGGUUUGCCGGCCCGCGGCAGGCGGACGUGUUUUCUUCCUGGGGAAGAGUCCAGCUCCUCCUCAGCUCUGCCUUGUGCUCCCGCGGGCCCAGGCCGCCCACGGGGGCCCUGGACGCCGGGGCCGAGGGCGAGAAACUCUCGUCUGGGCAGAAUCUUUUUUCUUUUUUCCUGCUUAAAAAAAUAACACCCAGUACCAAAAGAAGAGGAGAGGCGGCAGGCUUAUUUUUAAUAGUUUUGAAUGUUGAUACUCCUAAUUACAUAAAUCUGCACACAGCUGUAUCUAGUGAUUUCUAAGGAUUUGUUUACUUUCUGUGUUUGGUUUCACUGUACUGAGAACUUGUCCUCACUCCCGGACGGGCACAGGGCGUGGCGCCUGCCCCAGUGCGGAGUUCGCCUCCACAGCUCCUGGGGCAGAAUCGAGAGUGAGGCGGCUCCUGGUUCUUCUUGGUUUUCACACAAGCUAGAGAUUUUCAAAGCUACACUUUUGAGUAAAAACCCUUAUUAAAAGGAGAAUAUGAUUAAUA